AACGCCAGUCUGCAGGAAAAUCAUGAACAACAAAAAAGACUCCACCCACAGCAACAGCGCCUACUGACACGCUUAUACAAGACUUUUAUGAAACUUUUUUGCACAAUUGACACGUCUUACGAUCAACAGGGAGCGGUUAUCAGUAGUGAAGACUGUAAAGUUUUAGUUUUUGCAGCGGUUUGUUCAUGCUGACUAUGCUCCUCCACGGGUCAUUGUGUAUAUGGGGAGCAGCACUGGUGGUUUUGCUGGCUGGCUGUCAACAAUGUGGCUCAGUGGAGGUUCCCCCAGAGGUCCUGCAGAACAAUGAUACUCUCUAUGCGGCCUGCAAAAUGAGACCCAGCACCUCACUACCUGACGGUCUGCCCAAAGUGUACGGUCAGGUGCUGUUUAAGCAGGAUUAUCCUGAUGGAAAACUCAAAGUCCUUCUUCGCUUCAGUGGCUUCCCCACAGAGGGCGGUGACCCGGUGCCCAGAGCGGUGCACAUCCAUCAGUUUGGAGACCUGAGCCAGGGCUGCGACUCCACUGGCGGCCAUUACAAUCCACACCUUGUACAUCACCCCGACCACCCGGGAGACUUUGGUAACUUUGAGCCCCAGGAAGGAAAAAUCAUGAGGAUGAUAGAAUCUGAGGCAACGCUGUUCAGAGGGCUGUCAGUGAUCGGAAGAGCCGUUGUGGUCCAUGAAAAGAAAGACGACUUAGGGCGAGGUGCAGACGCUGGGAGCCUGCUGCACGGAAACGCAGGCCGGAGGCUUGGCUGCUGCAUUAUUGGAAUUACCUCCCCCGCCAUCUGGAAUACGCAGUAUAAGCUGUAUAAUAGGAGGCUGAGGAGAAAUUAAUUUUAGAGUAAUGUCAUAUGCUGUGGGCCAACUGAUAACAACUUUAUUCCUUCAUUGUAUCCAUUGUUUUUCAUGUCUGAUACCAAGAAAAAUCAAUGACUCAAUCAAAUCAGUUGCUUUAAACAAUAGAGGGACCUUGCUUUAAGAAUUGGUCUGCUCCAACUUCGACUAAGAAGGUUCUCCCAAAAUGCUCAGAAUAAAAUAUAAUAAUUCAGAUUUUACAUAUCUUGUAGCCACAUUAGUAGCAGGUUUUGCUGUCUGGUCCAGAAUCAGACUAAAUAUCUCGACUAUUGACUGCCAAGAAUUUGUUUGCAUUCAUGGUUCUAAGCCGACAACUCUUAGUGAUCCUCUGACUUUUCCUCUUAUGCGAUCAUUGAGUCAAAAUUUAAAUUUGUCCACUAUUUUGUUCUAUGACCAAAUACUUGCAAAAAUCCCAUCAGCUUCAGCUGUACUAGACAUUUUGUGAGAUGUUUUCCAACAACAAACCAGUAGUUGAAAAUCAUUUAUUUUGCAGAAAUAUAUCCCUUUUUACACAUUUUUUUGCACAUAAUCGACACAUAAACAUAUAUGGCUCUAUAUCAUUUAUAUCUGGUAAGUUAUUAAUAUUUUUCACCACAAAAAGACGACAAAGACAUCAGUGCUGGUAAUCUACAUGUUGUGGCUUCAUUGUGUUACAGACUAAGAAGGUCUGUGAAUUUUAACAAAGGUGUUUUUUUCAAAGUAAACUUAAAAAUUCUUGGAAAUAAUGAAACAUUUCUUUGAAGGUGCCUGUUAAGGAAUUUCUUUUUUUUUU